UGUUUGUCUCUCUUGGUCUCUCUGCCUUCACUCCUCAGCUCUCUCGGCGCACUUCCGUGUCUGUGAGCCGUACUCUGACCACAAAGGCCGCUACCACUUCGGCUUCCACUGCCCUCGUCUCUCCGACAACAAGACCUACAUGUUCUGCUGUCACCAUAACAACACCGCCUUCAAGUACUGCUGCAACGAGACAGAGUUCCAGAACGUCAUGCAGAUCAACAUCACGGGGAGCUCUGAUGGCUUCAUGCACAACAACUACACUGCUCUCAUAGGAGUUUGGAUCUACGGAUUUUUUGUCAUGGUCCUGCUUGCCCUGGACUUCCUGUACUACUCUGCAAUGAACUAUGAAAUGUGCCGGUACUACCUGGCCAAGUGGGGCUUCGGAGGGCGGUGGCUGAAACAGGCGCGGAGUCAGUGGAACAGUCCAGUACAGGGAGAGAAUCAGCCAUCCCUCCAGACAGCCCAUCAGACCCCACAGCCCAGACACAGCCUCAGAGCGGAAGCAGCCAGUCCCACACUCAUGUCCUUCCACACCACGACAGCCUGCUACCAGUACCGAGAAAACACAACUCAACUAAGAGAUCUGCAUCUGCCAUCACCUGUGUCUGCUUCAUACAAGGGAUAACUGAGAUGAUGGCCUCUCUCCAUGAUGGGGGCAUUUUUACAUCAAUUAAUGCCAAGUUACAAGCAGAAAGAAGAUUUGGUAUUAAUUCUGCUCGGAAGGUUUUAUACCAUUCUGAAUUAAAACCAUCAGUUCCAGGUGAUUUAUUAGCUCUGAGGCUCGUAAUCACUGAAUUCAAUUCUUCUGGUGUUAUCUUUGCUUUUAAUAUAUUAUUUUGAUCUUCCGUAAGAGUUGGUAGACUGAGAGAUUCCAAAAAAGUAUCUAUCUUUUCUUCACUUUCUGAAUGGGGUUAUGUAUAUAAUUUUCCGUAAUAUUUUAUUAAAGUGUUUUGGAUUUCUUCCCAUUUAUAUAAUACACCAUUACAGUUCUGGUCCUUUAUUUUAUAUAUUGUAUUAUCGGUCUGUUGUUUUUUUAAUUUUCUUGCCAACAGCUUUAGUGAUUUUGACCCUGACUCGUAAUAUGUUUGUCUAGUAAAUAUAUAUAUAUUUUUUUUCAAUUUCCUGUGUAUAUAAGACAUCUAUUUUCU